AUGUUCCUAGCCAACAUCAUCCUCUUAAUCCUCCCAGUACUUUUAGCCAUAGCAUUCCUUACCCUAGUUGAACGAAAAAUCCUAGGCUACAUGCAACUCCGCAAAGGCCCCAACGUUGUCGGGCCCUAUGGGCUCCUUCAACCCUUCGCUGAUGCAGUGAAACUCUUCAUCAAAGAACCCCUCCGCCCCCUGACAUCUUCCCCAUUCCUAUUUAUUAUUGCCCCCACACUAGCCCUUACCCUUGCCCUAACAAUAUGAAUCCCCAUUCCCAUACCAUACCCCCUCAUCAACAUAAAUCUAGGCGUCCUAUUUAUCUUAGCAACUUCAAGCCUAGCUGUUUACUCUAUCCUCUGAUCAGGAUGAGCUUCAAAUUCUAAAUAUGCACUCAUCGGAGCAUUACGAGCCGUCGCACAAACAAUCUCAUACGAGGUCACACUAGCUAUCAUUCUCCUAUCAAUUCUUCUCAUAAAUGGAUCUUUCACCCUAUCCUCCCUAAUCGACACACAAGAAUAUAUGUGAAUUCUUAUUCCAGCAUGACCUCUAGCCAUAAUAUGGUUUAUUUCAACCCUAGCAGAAACAAACCGAGCCCCCUUCGACCUCACCGAAGGAGAAUCCGAGCUAGUAUCAGGCUUCAAUGUAGAGUAUGCCGCAGGGCCCUUCGCCCUAUUCUUCCUAGCCGAAUAUACCAACAUCAUCAUAAUAAAUGCCCUCACUGUCACCCUAUUCCUAGGAGCAUUCCACGACACACUAAACCCCCAACUCUUCACAAUCAACUUCGCCGCCAAAACCCUCCUCCUAACAAUAGCAUUUUUAUGAAUCCGAGCAUCCUACCCACGAUUUCGAUAUGACCAACUCAUGCACCUCCUAUGAAAAAACUUCCUACCUCUUACCCUAGCCCUAUGCAUAUGACAUGUAUCAAUGCCUGUAUCCCUAGCAGGAAUCCCCCCAUACGCAU